AUGGCUCCUGAAAAGCCGCUUCCGAUCGAGACGUUGCUGCCGUUUGGUGAGCGACGCGUAUCCACCGAGUUUUCAAACAUGCAAUCCGCCAGUCUCGACCACUCCAGGAGAGACGACCACACGCCUGAUAGUCUUGAGGAGGACGAUCAAUCGGGAAAUGACAUGGAGAAACCGAAACGCCAAAAACGAUCCCGCGCUUGCAUUGCAUGUCGUAACAUGAAGAUCCGAUGCCUUCCGGUUGAAGGGCAGGACGCCUGUAGUAGCUGUGCCAAAGUUAACAGGGAAUGCAUCAUGCCCGGACCGCCUCGCAAGCGCCAGAAGACUGUGCACAAAGUUGCUGAGCUCGAAAAGAAAAUCAACGCUCUGACCGAUGCCUUGUUGGCCAAGGGUCAGCAGACGGACAACACCCCAACGGAUUCCUCGGAGAAUCCCCCAACGACAAGGUCGAUCUCGGAGCCGGCCAAAACAGAUACUGCGUCUACCGAACCUGAACAUCUACAAGCCAUAGAUCGCUAUGGGCAACGAUUCGUCGACGAGGCUUUUCAUAACGUCAGAAUACGAGAACGAGACGGUUCACAUUGUGUUCCGGCAUAUGUGGAGGCCAUCCCCAAUGAAUCUUAUGUUGAUGUGAUCGAGCGUGGAGAUCUGACCAUGGAAGUAGCGACCAUGAUGUUCACAUACUGGUUGCAAACCAUGUGCGCAACCUCCCCGCUCAUCGUAUUCCCACAAGGGACGCAAAUGCAAGAUGUUCGAAAAAGAAGACCGAUGCUUUUUCUAUCGAUAAUGACCAGCACAAGUCCCGCGAUCAAGCCAGCAGCGCAGCCCGCACUCAUUCUCGAGUUGAAUCGACAACUCUCUGAGAGGGUACUCUUCCAUGGCGAAAAGUCACUGGAUUUGAUCCAAGCUCUGAUGAUGAAUUGUCAAUACUACAUGAGGCCUCGGACCGCCCGCGAUAUGUCGUUCAAUCAAUCUGUCCACUCUGCCGCGGUUAUGGGCCUGGAACUUGGCAUCGGAAAAAGAAGCACUGGAGAACGUGGCAGAUCUCCCAUCGAAAACCUCGAACUUCGCCGAACAUGGUUGGCUUGUUAUCAACUUAGUUCAACCGUAUCCAUUCUUCUUCGCCUACCUUCUUUAGUGAGAUACUCAACCCAUAUUGAUGAGUGCCUUCAAUAUCUACAGAUCAGCCCCUAUGCGCAGCCAAGCGACAAAUGGCUUUGUGCACUUGUGAAGCUGCAGCGUCUUCUCGAGGAAGUUGCCGUGGCGUUCGACAUGGAUGACCCUGCUGGCAAGGUUGCUUUUCUGGAACCAAAAGUGCAGUAUCAACUUAGAAGCUUCGAACGGCAAUUAGAAGCGUGGAGACGGGAAACCGAUGUUCCUGUCGAACAAGCGGUGGUCGAUCACAUGCAUGCAUGUGCGGUUUUGUAUGUUCACGAGAUUGCCCUUCAUAUGGAACAUAACGUCGAUGAUUUUCGCCCGGGAGUGUAUCCCCUCGCCGCCUCUUCUUCGAAACCUCUGGAUUUCGUCACUUCUGGUCAUAUCGAAGCUCUCACGACAAUUCUUAAUGCAUGUCAUAAACUGUUUGACAUCUACCUAUCAUUUGACACGGGUUUCGCAAGAUCCUUACCCAAUAUCGUGAUCGUGUGGACUACAUACGCAAUAGUGAUCUUGGUCAAGCUUCAUUGGUUUGUUCAUGACCCAGUUUCGAAGUUCGGAUCUUUGUUUGUGGCAGACCUCAAGACCGAGUACUACCUCGACGCAAUGCUGAGAAAAUUGGCUGACAUUGCUGAUGACGGCCAUGGUCCUUGCGCGGAGGCAUUUGGAUUCGUGUACCGGAAGCUGAAAAUGUGGCAUAUGCACCGCGCAGGCAAGUUCACUGACGAUGAAAGAGCCACUGGAGACGAAGACCAACAACAACGACAAGCAGCAAGCAUUUUGAUGGGUAGCCCUUCAGCCAUAAUGCAUUCCACAAAGAACGACACCAUCCGGGCAGUUGACGAAAAGCAUUUGAGAGUUGACCCUGUCAGUGCAUACGUACCAAAUAUACAAAUUGAGAGGCCGAUGCCCAGCUCGGAUCUGAACGCUGCAUAUGAUGCUGCAAGCUACGGCAACACGAAUUGGGAACAAUUCAAUUUCUCUGUGGAGGAACUGAACAUGUUUGAUCUGUACAUGAACAAUGGGUCUGGCUGGAUGGGAUAUUUGAUAUGA